CUCCUAUAAAAAGCAUGCUCUCUCCUGUCUCUUCCUACCAGAAAUCGCUGGUGAAGUCCUAAUAUGAACAUCUUGCUCAUCUCGUUGCUGGGCUGCCUUGUUGUGGCACUGCCCUCAGCCAGGGCUCAGAAAGUCAAAUGGUGUGUGAAAGCACAGAAAGAGCUGGAUAAAUGCGAACGACUUGCAAUCAAAUCAGCUGAUAGUAUUGUGUGUCUUCACAAGCCUUCUAUAUCCGAAUGCAUAAAGAGCAUCAGGGAAGGUGAAGCAGAUGCUGUAACUGUUGAUGGAGAACAGGUUUACUUGGCUGGACUCAAACCUCAUGAACUCCGUCCUAUCAUUGCAGAAAAGAGUAAAAAAGAGCCUUGUUAUGCUGUAGCUGUGGUGAAGCGUGGCACUGACUUCAGUAUCAAAGAUCUCAAGGGAAAAACUUCCUGCCACUGUUGUUAUCAAUCCCCUGGAUCCUGGAAUUUACCUAUUGGAAGUCUGGUUAAAGCCGGGAUAAUCGACUGGGCUGGUUCUGAUGACAUGCCUCUUGAGAAGGCUGUGUCACAGUUCUUCUCACGCAGUUGUGUUCCUGGAAUAUCAAAAGCCGAUCACCCAAACCUGUGCUCAACUUGCCAGGGUGACUGCAGCUGCUCACAGAGUGCUGGCCAAAAAGCCUUCGAGUGCCUGAAAAAGGGUGAUGCAGACGUUGCAUUUAUUUGCCAAGAUAGAAUCCCAGUGAGCGAGAGACAGGACUACCAGCUGUUGUGCAUGGACGGCACUAGGAAAGAUGUUGAGCAGUACAAGGACUGUCACUUCGGCAAAGAGCCUCCCCGUGCUGUCAUCGCCCACAAGGAUGCUGAUAGACAGCACAUUUAUAAAGUCCUUACACAGGUUUCGGGUUCAUUUCUUUUCACUUCUGAUUCUUUUGGGGUUAAAGACCUGAUUUUCUCAGACUCUGCAACUGGCCUGGAGGAGCUCCCAAAGAUCACAGACUCCUUCCUCUACCUGGGACAUGAUUAUUAUGAGACCAUGCGUUUCCUUAAAGCUACGACCCUGCCACCACCGGCCUCGGAAAGUAGAAUUCGAUGGUGUACUAUUAGCCAUGCAGAGAAAGACAAGUGUGACAAGUUGGACAUCAUGGAGUGCAGAAGUGCAACAUCUGUGGACGAGUGCAUCCAGAAAGUCAUGCGCAGAGAAGCAGAUGCCUUUGCAGCUGAUGGUGGCCAGGUAUAUAUUGCUGGAAAGUGCGGUUUAGUUCCAGCCAUGGUUGAGCAGUAUGAUGAACAUGGUUGUCCCAAUAGUGGAGAGCCCUCAAGUUACCAUGUUGUGGCGGUUGUGCGUAAGGGCUCGGGUGUAACGUGGAGUAAUCUGAAAGGGAGAAAGUCCUGCCACACUGGCCUGAAUCGCAAUGCUGGUUGGAAAGUCCCAGAUUCAGUCAUAUGUGGCAAAACGCCUAACUGCCUAUACACAUUCUUCAGUGAAGGCUGCGCUCCUGGUGCUGAUGCUCAAUCAAGCAUGUGUAAACUCUGUAUAGGAAGUCAGUCGCCAGUGGGUGGAGAUAUAAGCAAGUGCAAAGCCUCUUCUGCAGAGAGAUAUUAUGGCUAUGAUGGGGCUUUCAGGUGUCUUGCAGAAAAAGCUGGUGACGUUGCUUUUAUCAAGCACAGUAUUGUUGGGGAUUACACCGAUGGUAAAGGACCAGAAUGGGCAAAGAAACUGAUGUCAGAAGGAUUUGAACUGAUCUGCCCAGACUCACCUGACAGAACAUUCAAAUACUCUGAAUUUGCUGAAUGUAAGCUUGCCACAGUGCCGGCUCAUGCUGUGAUCACUCGGGAAGAUGUACGCAAAGAUGUGGUGACCGUUCUGGCGGCUCAAUCUCCAGGCAGCCUGUUCAAGUCAGAGGGUGAAAGAAACCUCCUUUUCUCCGAUUCCACUAAAUGCCUUCAAGAAUAUACUAAAUCUGUGGAGGAAUUCCUGACUGAACCAUACAUAAAAAUGAUUGAAAAGACCUACGAGACUGGCCAGGGUGUACCAGAUCUGGUAAAGGCAUGCACUUUGGAUAGUAUUUUGAGUUCCUAAAAGAAAUACACAUCAACUUCAGACCAUAUGAGCUUUGUCUGACAUGUUCCCUGAAUCCACUCUAUUUCUCCUUAUAAGUUACCAGUACGAGAGAAACAUGAUGUGCAUAUGUUGCAGUAGUGUCAUUAUAAAUCAUAAAAGACAAGGGUAGCAUUGCUGGUAAAUCUCACACUCAAAAGCAGAGAUUGAUGUGAUUGGGUUUCUGUUUUAUUACAACAGUGGUUAAAAUAAAAAAAUAAAAAAAGUUUUUUUCUAUGA